AUGUCGUUCUUCAAGGAAACUCUUCAAGAUCCUCUAGAGGACUGUCUUGAGGAUUGUCUGAAAGCUCACCUCGAAGAAUAUUUCAAAAUUGAGAUUCUCGCAACAAUUAUUGCUGGUAUCCUCACUAGGGCUAUCUCAAGAAGUAUCUCCCAAAUCCUUGUUUUCUCUCAAACUAACACCUGUCCAGAGAAAGCCGCACCAAAGACAAACCAACGUCUGAUCACCGAAUACUUCAAGAUCCAAGGUCCUACCUUACAACCAGAGCUUUUGAUGCCCUCCAAUCGCCUCAUCACCGACUAUUUCAGCGUUACUGCUGCUUCUAGGCCCUUGCAUAAGGACGAGAAUGAAGACAGUGUUGAGAGCCAAGUUGAAAGCAACACGCAGAAAUCUGGGAGUCUGGCGAAGGCGGAGAUGAUCGUCCACUCUUUGGGGGGACACUCUGACAUAACAAAGCAGGUAAUCAAAACACAAGCGAAGAAGCAAGCCUGCAAUACAACUUGUAAUGCCGGACUUCAGCCAAAGAGUCUUGAUUUCAUCAGCAACUUCGAAUCUGAAGUCGCUCAAUUUGUCAAGCGAAGUAGAAUGCUGCCAGGGAUAACUUUUAGAGGACAAUUAUGUUUGAGCUUGCUACCAAGAUCCAAGGAUAGCUUUUUGAAGAGGAUAAACACACCUGCGUCUAGUCAUCAAGUGAUGGUGAUGUAG